AGCUUUUUUAUCCGAUCUAAACCGUAACCUUCUCUCUCUCUCUCGCACAUAGGGUUCUUCUUCUCGGUUCUUAAUCUCCGGGAUAAAAUGACGACCGGCGACGUGAAGCUGAUCGGCUCAUGGGCGAGUGUCUUCGUCAUGAGGGCGAGGAUUGCUCUCAACCUCAAAUCUAUUAGCUACGAAUUCCUUCAGGAGACGUUCGGUUCUAAGAGCGAAUUGCUUCUCAAAUCUAACCCGGUUUACAAGAAGAUGCCGGUUCUAAUUCACGCUGACAAACCGGUGUGCGAGUCCAACAUCAUCGUCCAGUACAUCGACGAGACUUGGAGCUCAUCUGAACCGUCCAUUCUCCCGUCCCAUCCUUACGACCGUGCCAUCGCUCGGCUCUGGGCUGCCUACAUUGACGAUAAGUGGUUUAUUGCUCUGAGAAGUAUCCUAACAGCUCAAGGAGAAGAAAAGAAGAAAGCAGGCAUAGCUCAAGUGGAAGAAGGGACUGACAUUUUGGAGAAAGCAUUCAACGAUUGCAGCAAAGGAAAACCGUUCUUCAACGGUGACCAUAUCGGUUACCUCGACAUUGCCCUCGGGAGCUUCUUGGGUUGGUGGAGAGUCGUCGAGUUAGACGCCAAUCAUAAACUCCUUGACGAGACCAAGACUCCUUCUCUGUUCAAAUGGGCUGAGCGGUUCUGUAAUGAUCCCGCUGUGAAGCCUCUCAUGCCCGAGACUGCAAAGCUCGCUGAAUACGCCAAGAAACUCUUUCCCAAUCUGCAGGCUUAGAGCCAAGGAUAUUGAUCGAUCCUCUUAAAUAUAUUUUGUUGGAAAUGGAAAUUGCAACAUUAUAUUAGCUGCAUGCAGGAAUAUCUAUUGGUUAAUUAGUUUGAAGUUUGAUACUGGUUUACUAAGGAUGUUGUAAGUUAUUGUUCCACUCCAAUGUAUCCAAAUCUAAGAUUAAGCAAUGAUUAUAUUCGUAAUUCUUCAAUUCAGCAAAUUCUUGUCUGAAAUGAAUCAGCAAAUUGAGUGUUACACUA